GCCCUUUAUUGUCAAAAACCCUAACUUAACUCUUCAUUCCCCAUCUCUAAUCGGCGAAAUUUGUUAUCAUAAACCCUAAGCCUAGCUCUUCAUUCCCCAUCCCUGAUCGGCGAAAAACAGAAAAUGGCUCAAAAGAAACCCCUUUUAGAAGAUCCACCAGCAGCUUCAAGUUCUGACGAAGAAGUUGAAAGUGGAGAAGAAGAAGAGGAAGAAGAAGUCGAAAGUGGAGAGGAAGAAGAAGCUGCAGGAGGAGAAGGACAAGAGGAGGAAGAAGAAGAAGACGAGGAAGAGGAGGAAGGAGAAUCAGAAUCUGACGAUCAAGAAGUAGCUCCCAAGAAGCCUGAGCCGGUCUCAAAACCUGAAUCUGCUUCUUCAUCUGAAGAGGAGGAGGGGGAAGAAGAAGAAGAAGAAGAAGAAGAAGAAGAAGAGGAGGAAGAGGAAGAGGAAGAAGAGGAGGAGGAGGAUUCUGAUGAAGAAGGAUCUGGGAAAGAUGAAUCUGAAUCCGAUGAAAUACCAAAGAAAUCCAAUCCUGCUGAAGUCCUUCGCAGUCCUUCCAAACCCAGUGUUGGAGACGAACCUAAGCCGAAGAAAACUGUAUCAAAACCCCCUUCAUCAACUGCUCCUGCUAUUGCUGUUGUUCCUAUUUCACAGAAACGUCCUGCCGAGAGUAACAGAGCUGAGAUUGAUAUAGAGAAAAAGAAGAAGAAAAAUGAUGAGGAAAAUGGUGGUGGUAGCAGUAGUCAUCCUGAAGGUGAAAAAGAUCCUGAGAAAGAUCCUAAGAAGCUCUUUGCCAGAGUAUGGAGCGACGAUGAUGAAAUUGUGGUUCUGGAAGGUAUGCUGGAUUGGCAUAGGAGAGGUGUUGAUCCUUUUGCUGAUUUAGGUGGAUUUCUUGAGUCUAUUAAGGAAUCUGUGAGUGCCACUGUUAACAAAGAUCAAUUGCUUAAUAAAAUGAGAAGGUUGAAGAAGAAGUACCAAAACAAUUACAAGAGAGGAAAAGCUGGUCAGGACCCUACCUUCUCCAAACCCCAUGAUUUGAGAUGUUAUGAAGUCAUGAAGUUGAUCUGGGAAGGGGAAGAAGUUAGUGGCCGCAAAAGGAGUGCCCCUGCUGAUGCUACUAGUAACGGCAAUGAUGAAUCAGCUCCAGCAACUAAUGGGAAGAAAAGUAGGAGUUCCAAAACUAAAACUACUCCAAAAACUGUUGCUUUGAGUGACAUUUCGUCCAAGGAGCUUCCAAGGGAGGUUCAAAAUGGGAUGUCUGCUUAUCCGUUCUUGCUUGAGGCGUUUCGGGAAAAUAAGAAUGGACCUACUCUGGGAGAAAGUCUUUUGACAGAAGGUUUGGCUUUACUUGGAGAUUCAAUAGCCAAGGAAUGGGAGAAAAAGUGGAGAAAAUUUAAUGAGGAGGAGGCUGAGGUUUACUUGAAGCGUGUUGACCUGGUUCGGGAACUGACUACUGAAGUUUUGAAAGCGGUUAAAUCAUCUGAUUCUUAGGAUCACCAUGAGGUAAUUGCUAGUUGUGUUUACCUGCUUGAUGCUUGGAGGUCUAGGUAAUGCUUUUUCUAUCAAAGAUUUGGCAGUUAUAGGUUUAUGUCAAUAGAUAUAUAUGUUUUAUUAAACCUUCCUUGAAUGUGAUUUAACAUCGCCCUUGUUUCAAAACUUUUUUUGAAUAGAUUUAGUAUGUUUCUUGUUGUUUAAGCUGCCAUGAUGAUGACCUAUGUUUGUUGGUUGUUCAAGUUUAACGCCUUUGUAGUUUAUGAUUGGGAUUUUUUCGGUUGUAUGUUUUCUUUAAUGCACUUUUAUUACUUGCAGCUUUA